GAAUCACAAUAAAUUUGUAAAGCCAAAAUCUCAAAUAGUCAAAUUCUAAAAAAGUUUUUUGAAAAAUAUGGACAAGUUCGAUGGAACAGUCCGUAUAAAUAAGAAAACUACAAACAUUUUAGAAAGACCUUUAAACAAAGGACGGAAUGAGGUAUGAGUUUCGUUUCAAAAGUGUAACUAGAAUAUACUGUAAAUAUAUAUACUGUGGAAUGUGGAUGUAACAUUACAUGAGACGAUACAGUCAUACAGCAUAUAAAACUUCAGUACUCUGCAAGUACUGAAUUUAAUACAAAGGGGCUCCAUGCUGGGCUAGUUAGCGGAGCUGCCCUUAGUACCAACAAUGCUGGCAGCAUGGGCGGAUUUUGAGGGGAGGUGUGCACCUCCCCUGAUAGAUCAAAGUGAAAAUGUGAGAUUUUUGGUUGCUUAAGCCGGUUUUCCACUAGGCGGAAUUUUGUGCGUGGAGCGGAAUUUUUCUUUGUCUUGUGAUUUCUCAGGUGGAACUAAGUAGAAAAGACAAAGAGAAAUUCAAAUUCCACUCCACACGCAAAAUUCCGCCUAGUGGAAAAUGGCCUUUAGUGUCUACACUGUAAAAUUGGAACAGUGAUAUUAACAAGAACUGCUGUUAAUCUUGUUAACUUUUAAGAAAUUUCAAAACUUGCUGCCAAAGAAAAUUGAAAAUCCUUUCUAGCAAUCAAAAAAAUUUCUAGGAACGUCAUUCCCAGGAUCCACCACUAUUUCCAGGUGAAUGUGAGAUUUUUUGGUUGCUUAGGGUCUGCACUUCGAAAGAAAGUUUUUCUGUAAAAUUGAAACAGUGAUAGCCAAUUCAUCUCUGUGUCAAGUAUUCUUUUAAUGCAAUAUUUUGAAAGAAACUUGGUAGUAAUUGUAAUGAGUUGUCAUAAUUCAUUAAUACACACGUCGUUGACUUUCGCUCGUUCUAAGCCCUGACUUUCCAUGGGGGUUUUGAGCUAGAUUGCUGCACCUCCCCUAAGAUUUUUGCCUCUUCCCCCACUAUUUCCACCAAAAUCCGGCCUUGGCUGGCAGUAUAUUGCAGCCCAGUAUGGGAUGUAUAAACACUGUGUGCCAGGGUCCUACUAAAUACUGCCCGGAACGCACGGAAGAACACCCGGGGAUAUACAAGGUAUGUACAGUACUGCCAAGAAAUAAACAAAAACUGUGUCCAAGAUGUGGGUAUCUUGCAUCCACUGUACGUCCGUCCUGCGGACGCUGUACAUCCACUGUGUGUCUGCGGGCGCUUGCGGGUGCAUCCACUGUGCGGACGCCAUGCGUCCGCUUUGUGUCUGUGGGCGAGGACGCAGCUCUGAGAAAGAGGUCUUUUCAUAGAUCGUCAGAAAUUAUCACGUUUCGCUUUUCAUAAACAAACCGUGGGCAUCGGAAUAUAUUCGUGCUGGCGAUUUCACACCACAUUUUUAUACACAAAUGUUGCAGACCUAUAUUUUUAUAUUUCUAAUAUUAAAAUGAAGAUCUAGGUUUGUGAUGUUGUCUCUGAGUGUAUCCACACCGGGCAAGCUGAAAAGUUUGCUUGACUGCGGUGGGAACUGAACCUGGCCUUUGGUUUGCUAGAGUCCAAUGCUCUACAAACUGAACUACAAGGUCGGGUCGAGUAGGUGCAAAGCUUGCCCAAUGUGGACACGCUCAGAGACAACAUUACAAAAAUAUAGACUGUUUGUAUCUCAAUCAAGAGGCUCCAAUGUCGAAUACGCACAAAAUUUUUACGCAUGCAGAAAAAACUUUUUCUGCCUCGCCAUAUGCCAGCGUAUGCAACCACAAUAGUGUGACAGGAUCUUAAGUCAUACACCUGAACUUUGUAUUGCACUGAAAAAAUGUGUCGUUCUUUGUAGGUGCACAUAAGCUCCUUUGCUUUACUAUUCUCAGAGAUUGUGCAAUACUCUCAGAACAGAGUAACAACUGUUGCCGAUCUGCAAACCAAGUAAGAUAUAUUAAUGUAGAAUAUAUGAAGCUUACGAUUCGUAACUUAUGACUUUUACACAGUAUAUUAUAUAAUACAUAGUAUCAGUAAUGUAAUAUAGUUUUCAUAUGAAAGAUUUGUUAAAUAGUUCCAUAUUACCAUGUACAAUAAACAACCUAGAACAGCAAUAUUAUGAAUUUAAAUUAAACAGCUAUGGCAAUUAACUUGUACAAUCAUGUAUGUUGUACAGUGUAAUUAACAUUUCAAUACGACUAAUUACCAUUUGAAUUUAAUUGAAUUGUAUCACUGAUAUUAUACUAACUUUAAAUUUUCUUAUUUUACAUUGUCAUUGUACUAUAGUACAGGUAGUUCUAGAAUGAUAUGUUGAUUGAAUAACAAUUACAUUUUAAUAAUCCUCUAUACAGGUUAUCAGACAUGGGGAAAAGUAUCGGUUCAAGAAUGCUCGAUGUUUUAGUUCUACGUGAGAAGGGAUACAAACGAGAGACUAGGAUUAUUAAUGUUCUUUUAUUUAUUAAAACGACAGUUUGGAAAGUAAGUGAUAUUUUAUCUUACCCAAUGGUUUCAGUUGGUUAAUACUGUAAAUCAGCUUCUUUUACAUCUUGCUGUAUUGAAAAAUAAUGAGAUUUCCAUUCCGCUGACAUCAAAUUUUUCGUUCUCUGGUAUUUAAAUGAAAACUGAAUUCACUGCAAAGCCUCAAAGACAAUCCUUUUGUAUUACGUUUUAUGAAAUACUUUGGUUAUUUUAAAGUUCUAUACUGAUGGAAAAACCAUAAAUUUAAAUGUAUAUUAUUCGUUGCUUGUAAUAAACUCGCUUCCAAUCCCUGUUUAUCCAAUCAUUCAAGCCUCCAGAGAUUGUGUUGGCCAGGCAAAAUCACACUCAUAUUUUCUACAAAAUCCCACUUGGACUUUAUUUUCAGAAUUAGUUUGAAAUAUUUUAAUAUUAUUCUCCGAGAAUGAUUCUGAAGCAAACUUUACAAAGAGUUAUACUUAUAGCUAGUGAGUAGUAUACUUUCCUCCAAGUCUUACCAUCUCAGUGUAAUUUUGUAUAUAUACCCUUUCACAACUUUGCACUAUUUUUUUCAGUCAUUGUUUGGUAAAGAGGCAGACAAACUCGAACAAUCUAAUGACGACGAUAAAACAUGUAUCCUUUUAAGAAAUGUAAACUUUCGGCAAUGUCCAAGCACAAUGGCCAACGGCAACGUUCGUUCAUUGUGAAAUAACUAGACUCUGUUUUGGAAUAAAUGAUGAUGUACACUGACAUUACCCAUGGUUUGAACACCACUGCAUGUUUCGGGCGCACUAUUGUACAUAGUCAUAUAAUGAUAGAUGCUAGCGAUUUUAACUUUCAAUUUUGAAAACGGGUAUAAUAACUCAAAACUUCUGCCAUUGACAUCAUACUCUAGUUUUUUAUUCUCCUUAAUUUUAGUAUUUUAUUUUGUAUAUUUCUGAACAAUUUCGAACCAACCCCUCUAAAUAAAAUAAUAGCGAAUUAACUAAGCUUCAAUACAAAAUACAGCCACAAUAUUUUUGAUAACCAUAAUUACCGAUCAUGGAAAGGUAGGACAGAGGUGUUUACCGAGGCGGCCUGGGUCCAGUGGUGGUACUUGCAUGGAUUGAGGAAAGAUUCAUGAAAGUGGUAGAUCUUGGACAGCCAAAAAACUGCACUAAAACCUAGCCUACGGUGUCUGCCCUCACUUCGUUUCUCGCACAUAAAACCGUACUGCCUGACGUUAAUAGUUAGUAUUAAAUUGGACUUAUUAAGCUAAAAGCGUUGUUUCCUGGAACUAGUAUCAUACUUUUACCUGGAUCAACACCAAAGGUGUCGAUUUCUUUGGUGGAAAAAUAUCCUAGGAUAAUCUUAAAUGCUUAAAACACGAAUUUUCAGGAAAUUUGGCAUUUUUGACAAGUUUGCCAAUACUGUCGGUUGUGUUAAAAUUAGUUCAUUAAUCUAAAAUAAGCGAUAAGGAUGUGUAGUUAUAUUUUUGUGAUCGACGUUUUUCACUCCAUUUAAAAAUAUUAUAAUUUCUUUAAUCAUUGAGAAACAGAUUACAUAAUCGAGAAAGAACCAUUGGUGAACAAAUUUAUUUCGAGACAAAAGGAUAAAGGUAAUGUUUUGGCGUCUCUGAAUUCUCUAUUUUCGUUAUGUUGACCUUUAAAAAAUUAGGAUAUCAAUCUGUAAUUUUGAAUCUCUUCCAGUAUUUUUCCGCAAACCACUCAUUCUUUUUCUGGCUUGUCACAUUUUAAAAUUAAAAGCAUUUCAAAAAUACUUGAGUUUGAGUUAAGAGACGUUUGAGUUCGUUGUGGAGGAGUAAAAAUUCAAAAACGUUCUACAUCUCGAGUUUGAAAGUCAUCGAAAAAUGUUAAAAUUUAGCUAGAUGAGAACUUAUGCUCCAUUUCGCAGAUAUUGAAAUUAAUACUGUUUCAUGUAUUUUUUUUUUACGUUAGGUGGAUUAAAUUGUGCGUAUUUUAUUGCUGGAAUUGUUGAGGAAAUACUGUUUGGGUGUAAUUUUGUAAGUAUGAAAAAGUAUGAAAAUAUUAAAGAUAUAGAUAUAAUUGCAUGUAUAGCUAUAUAAUAACAUGCCAUGGAUAUAAUAAAAGAGCUGCAGCUAGUGGACGUUAAAUAUAUACACAGCAUUAUCAGCAUAUUUUCUAUAUAACAUUAUCAGUAUAUUUUUUUUUAUUUAUCUACGUUUCGUCUAUAUUUCAGUCAUCAUCAGGGUAAACAUAGAGGAAAUAUACGGUAGUGAUACGACACAGUGUAAUAACCUUUACAAUAUACUUGCAUGUAGUUUGAUAAUUAUGAACUGUGUAUUUUACGAAAGUCGAGCACUAUUUGGAUUACUGGUUAUUUUAAUUAAGUUGCUGAAUCAGAUUUUUAUUGUUGUAGUAUAACAUAAUUUUUGUUAUAUUUUUGGUUUUGUUGGUCCGUUUGAUCGCACGCAAUUCAUGUGCUGUAGUUUUGUCGCUUGCGCUGCCUGAAGUUUCCGUUGUACACGCGUAAAAAUUGAGAAAAUCAACAACUUGUUGCAAGUUGAUAUCGACAGGCGUGAACAAGGUUGUGCGGCCCACUAUGAACAGUAUUGUGAUGUCAACAUGUUUUUACAACAUUGUUCAACUGUAACAACUUGGAACAACAUGGUUGACAACUUGUUCAUAGUUGGCCGCACAACAUUGUUCACGCCUGUCGAUAUCAACUUGCAACAACCUGUGCGUUUUUAGCCGUGUACUUUAUUCGUAAUAAGAAUUUUUCGUCUUUCUUCCUAUUCAUAGCAUUGCAAGGUAACCGCUCACUGGCACAAAGGCACCACAUUUAUGAUACAAUUUGAUGAAUCUGUUAUCGCUCGGGACAAAGCAUUUGAUGCAAGAUAACUAUUUGUCUUUUUACAUUAAUUCAAGGAAACCAUCAAAACAUACAUUUACUAAUUGUCAAGUACUGUAGAAGACAAAACAUAACGCAAAGAAAAAUCUCGUGAAAAGUCCAAGAUAUGUGGACUGAAACAAGGCAAUAACCUCAGUUUAUAGAUUUCUCAAGAGGUUCAUGAUCUUCGCACUACAUUUUGUGCUUUUGAAAAUUGUCGGUUGGUGCUGGUUUUUGUGAAGUGUUUUGACUUAUGUAAGAUAGACAUUAUGUAGAAUUAUAUGAAUGCAGCAGCUAUAAAACAUAUAAUUAAAGAAUAUUAAAUUCAGGUCAUGCAGAUAUGACAAUAUAGGAUUACAGCAAGAAUCUUGGUACAAAGUAAGCGAGUAGUUGGCUAGUAUAACAAGACCAAUAAAUUUUAAACAUAUUUUUAAGUAGCGAAAAUUCGUUUCAUAAAUAUAUUGCUCCGACUUGUUCUGUUUUUCAAGUAUUUUGGUGUCCAUUAUGCAAUGGGCGACGUCAGUAUAUAUAUUACCACUGCAUAUCCAGAAAAUAUUAUAUACCAAGUCUCUUGUACUGUCGAGUAUUCUUGCAUCUCAUUGGACGAGAGCGUAUCAUGUGAAAGUAAUGAAAUUCGACUGUCUCCUGGCAACAGCUCUUAGCGGUGGGCGUUCAGUUAUGCCUUAUGAGCAAAAAUUAUGGAGCUUACUCGUUUCUUUUUCAUUUGUUUUUUGUUUUCUCUGACACUUGGUAUAUAACAAAGUGUUUCGCCUUCGGAAACAUUGGCAGCUCGCGUUCAAAAAAAUACUGUUUCUCAAUCAAUGAGUGUUAAAUAAUCUCAUCAACGAAGGAUGUGCAUGUAUAUAUACUUUAUAUACGGGGUGUAUAAAAAAAAGGAGACCUUUAGAAAUGAACCUAAUUGUUAUAAUUUGAAUGCUAUAAGCACUACGCUGAACACAAGAGUGCGAAAAUACAAUUGAAUUGAAUUUUUAAUUACCAGGAGCAAAAUAUAUUUUGCUUAACAACAAUAGAUUCAUCUCUAAGGUCUCCUUUUUUAUGAUACACCCUGUAUACUUAUUGUUCUGAUAGUUAUUUGAAUGGGACGAUGUAAAAUUUCACAACUUCUUCAGAGCAACCUUCAGCGCUUCUUGUCAAAAAGGGACUUUACGAACAGGUCAAUAUCGUUCGAGUAUUCAGAACUGGCAUCGAUCCAGUUAUUCGCAAUCCAUUUUGAACCUUUGAUAACAUUACAUCCGCCAUGAAGUGAUCGAAUAUCAAGAUCACCAAACCAGCCAGUUUCUGGGUCCACUUUGUGGUUAUACCAAAUCAAUGCCGAUCUCUUCUUGGGUGUGUAAUACAUAUUAGCAUCGUGACAGUGACGUCCAAGAUCUAAAAUAUCACGACCUUCACCAAAAAGAACCUAUAAUAUAAAAAU